AUGGUUUAAAGAAAAGGACAAAGAAAAUUUAGAACUUUAUUCUUAAAUAAAAUACAUUUAUUAUAAGUCAUUAAAUUUUUGAAUAUUAAAAUAAGAUAAUAAUAGUUAGGUUAAAAAGAAUAAGAUGAAACAAUUUUUGAACUUAAGGAUGAAUUGUAUAAAACAAAGAAAUAAUUGCAAGUAAAAAACACUGAAGUUAAAUAAUUAAUUGAUUAGGAUAAGGCAUAAGAUGAUAAAAACAUCGAACUAAGUAAAAUUAAUGUAUUGCUUUAAUAACAAUUAAUUUAUAAAGAAUCUUAUUCCUAAUAACAUGAACUGAAGUAAUAGCUAAAUGAAAAGAGCAUUCAACAAGAGAAUCUUUAGUUAAUACAUCUAAUCAAAUUUGAGCUAGUAAUAAUUAAAUUAAUUAGUGGAUGA